AUUUUAUUGUGUAUUCCGCACAGACGUAGGGAAGUUAAUUAAAGUUUUAUUCAAUUUAUCUUUUCAUGGGAUUCUUUGUAUUUUCAUGCUAAGAUCUGUUUUAGUAAAGAAAGUUUCAAUUGUCAGUAUGUCUCAGAAACUGAUUUCAUCCUUCUUUACAUCACCAAGUAGUCGUAAAAGGAAGCGUGAUGAGAGCGAAGAUGAAAAAUUGGAUGGUAGUAAAAAUGCAGAAAAUUUAAAACCAAGUAUUGUUGCAAAUCAAAGAGCUAUAAUAGUUGAGCUGGCGAAGAAGAAUCCAGCUUUAGGUGCUAAUAUUGGAUUGACUUGGUUUAAGGCUUUAGAAGAAGAAUUCUCCAAAGAUUACUUUACAGAACUUGGAAAAUUUUUAUUUAGAGAACGGUGUUCUUACUGUAUAUAUCCACCAGAAAAUUAUGUUUAUUCAUGGACAAAUGCUGUAAAAAUACAGGAUGUUAAAGUUGUUAUUUUAGGUCAGGACCCAUACCAUGGACCCAACCAAGCUCAUGGUUUAGCAUUUAGCGUUCGAAAAGGAGUAGUAGUUCCUAAAAGUUUGGGAAACAUUUAUAAGGAACUUUCCAGUGAUAUACAAGGAUUUAAACCUCCAUCACAUGGCUAUCUUUAUGGAUGGGCUUUGCAAGGGGUGUUAUUGCUCAAUGCCUGCCUGACUGUUAGAAUGCAUUGCCCAAACUCGCAUCAAAACAAAGGUUGGGAGAACUUAACAGAUGCUGUAAUUCAAUGGAUAAAUAAUAAUUUAUCAAAUGUAGUUUUCUUGCUUUGGGGUGGAAAUGCUCAAAGAAAAUCUGAAUUGAUUAAUAAGAAAAAUCAUCUUAUCCUUGCUGCAGCUCAUCCAUCUCCCCUUUCCGCACAUAGAGGAUUCUUUGGGUGCCGCCAUUUUUCACGAACAAAUGAAUAUUUGCAGGAACAUAAUAAGAAACCUAUUGAUUGGGCCUACUUACCUUAGAGACUAUAACCUACCUAAGAAAUAUUUUCUUGUGAUAAAAUGUGAAUCUUAAAAUGCCAAUUUUAUUUCUUAUCAUUGUUAAUUAAGCUAUUUUAAAUAGCUUUCUUUUAUAUAAGUGCAAUCGUUUGUAACUUCAUUUUCAUUAA